AUGCCGGAAUCAGACAAGAGCAAGGCCUACAAGAUUCGCAUGCAGCUCAAGAGCAACAAGACUCGCAGGGGCCAUAUCCUCGGCGUGAAGAAGCGCGCCGAGCUUGAAAGGCAGCAGGAGCUGAUGAAGCAUCAGACUGCCGAGACCGAUCGGAGCAUCCAGGCUACCCGUUCGGAUGGUCAGGAAACGCGAGAUUUGAUCGCAUCUAUGGAGGCCAGAUUGCUGGAUGCCAUCCAGAAUCCUCGCAAGAGAGCGUCGAAGAAUAAGGCGACGGGCAAGGGCGAGGAGAUCGCCGAGGGCGAUCACAAGAACGAAGCCGCAAAGGGCAAGCACAAGAAGCCCAAACAGACGGAGGAGCAGAAGGCGGAGAAGGAGGCGGAGCGCCAGAGGAAGCGCAAGGAGGCCCAGGAGGUCAAGGAUGCGAAGACUGCGGAGAAGAAGACGCGGGAGGCAAACAAAGCCGCGGAGAAGGAGAAGCGGGAGGUCAAGAAAGCAAAGCUGAAGGAGAUUCGCGAGAAGAAGGCCGCCGUGAAUGCCGAGCUGAAGGCCGCGAUGGCUGAAGGGUCGAACAAGAAAAAACGUGGCGCAGACGAGCAGGUCGAAACGGCGGAGCCCCAGAGCCAAGCAACCUCCUCGGGCGUGAUCGGUCGGAUGAGUCAGCUAUUCGGAGGUCGGCGUAGUGAGGCUGACGCUUGA